AUGACCACAUUUUAUAGUCAAAAUAGACCUUUAGGUACCCAAACAACAACAAAUCAAUCAUCGUUACCUGGUCAACAAUCAUCAAUUCAACAACAACAACAAACUCAACAAAACAAUUUAUAUCAACAAUCUAAUUAUGAUUUCUCUCCAUUAGCUAACCAAGUUUACCCUUAUAAUGGUUCAAACCCAAGUUCAAACGGUUCAAAUGGGUUAGCAAGUGCAGUAUCUGUUGGUUCAAAUGGUUCAAAUGGUAAUGGUUACAUUUAUAACAACUCACCUUUAAAUAACAAUGCUACUUUAAGUCAACCAAGUUCAUCUGCUUAUAAUAAUUUGAACUUAUCAAUUAGAAGUACUGGACAAGGUGUUUAUCCAACACCAAGAGCUUCAAAUUCACCAAAUUUAAAUUUUGCCUCUUUAUAUUCAUCAAGAGCAAGAUUUCAUGCAUCAAAAGGAUUCGAUUUAGAAGAUGAUUUAGAAUUUUGUCCAGAGAUUCAUGAACAUCAUGCUGUUCAACAUCAUAGAUUUAAUCCUUAUACUUCACAUACUUUUAGUCCAAAAAAUUCCCCUUCAACUAUUGCAGUUGAUACAACAUCACCAAUUACGAGAAAAGAUUAUACAACAACUAAUGAAAGCCCAAAGAAUAUCACACCAAGAGCUAAAAAAGUUUUAGAAAUUGUUAACCCUGCAACUGGAUUAAGAGUUUCUUCACCAGCUCCUUAUAAAUGA